AUGUACUAUUCAUGUUCCCUAUUGAAACACCUUGUUUAUCUCCAUGUAUUGGCUAUACAACUAUUUUUCAUAGGCAAUGUUGCAUCCCUAAAUCUUACCAAUGAUUACUUGCACCACAAAUGCCGCAUCAAUCAAGGGAAAUACCAGUCCGGAAGUGAGUACGAGAAAAACCUCAACUCUCUCACCCGUGACCUCUCUACCAAUAAAUUUCCAACUGGUUUCAUACACAUUUCUAAUGGUGAGCCUCCUAAUUAUGUCACCAUCAUAUUCCAGUGCCGCGGUGAUUCUCACGGCCCCAACUGUCGCUCCUGCUUUUCUACCGCCGUUGCUGGGUUUCAUAGGAGAUGUUCGAGAAACAAAGGGGGGAUAAUUUGGUACGACCAAUGUUUUCUCGACGUUAGUAUGAUAAAUGACCGAAUGCCAAGGAAGCUCAAUUAUGAAAAUACAUUCCCAAUGCACAACCCAAACAACGUGAGAGAGGAUACAAAGGCAUUUGACAAGAAGACAAGGGAUUUCCUCUACAAGCUGAUUGCUAAAGCUGAUAAACCCGACAAGGAUGGCGUAAACUUUUUAUAUUACGCAGCAGAGGAAAUGCGAAUUGGAACGAACAAAGUGUAUGCAAUGGUGCAGUGUGCGAAAGACAUACAGAGUUGUAAGGUUUGUUUGGAAUGGAGUAUCAAGGAGCUUUCUAAGUGUUGUGGCGGUAAAAAAGGAGCUAGAAUAUUGGGCACAAGUUGUAAUAUUAGGUAUGAGCUAUACCCUUUUAUUAGGACCUACAAGACUCUUUGA